AUGUCACUCGAAACAUUUCCUCCUCCGGCCGGUUAUAACGCUCCUGAACAAGUUCACAUAACGCAAGGAGAUCACAAUGGUCGAGGUAUGAUCAUCUCGUGGGUAACGUCAUUAAAUGAGGAUGGUUCUAAUGUCGUAACAUAUUGGAUCGCAAGUAGUGAUGGUAGUGAUAAUAAGAGUGUUAUAGCGACAACUUCGUCCUAUAGAUAUUUUGAUUACACAUCUGGUUAUCUUCACCAUGCCAUCAUAAAAGAGCUUGAGUAUAAAACUAAAUACUUUUACGAGCUUGGAACAGGUCGCUCCACUAGACAAUUCAACUUGACUCCUCCAAAAGUCGGUCCAGAUGUUCCUUAUACAUUUGGUGUUAUAGGUGAUCUUGGACAAACAUAUGCCUCUAACCAGACAUUGUACAACUACAUGUCGAACCCGAAAGGCCAAGCGGUGCUUUUUGCCGGAGAUUUGUCUUAUGCUGAUGACCAUCCUAACCACGACCAAAGCAAAUGGGAUUCAUACGGCCGGUUUGUGGAACCAAGCGCCGCAUAUCAGCCUUGGAUUUGGGCUGCAGGGAACCACGAGAUAGAUUACGCCCAAAGCAUAGGCGAGACUCAACCCUUUAAACCGUACAAGAACCGUUACCAUGUUCCGUAUAGAGCCUCACAGAGUACAUCUCCACUUUGGUACUCAAUCAAACGAGCCUCGGCUUACAUCAUCAUACUCUCCUCUUUAUGACAAGUACACACCGCAAAACUCGUGGCUCCAAGAUGAGUUCAAGAAAGUUAACCGAUCAGAGACUCCGUGGCUGAUUGUUCUGGUUCACGCUCCAUGGUACAACAGCAAUAAUUAUCACUAUAUGGAAGGUGAGAGCAUGAGAGUUACGUUUGAGCCAUGGUUCGUCGAAAACAAAGUCGAUAUCGUCUUUGCUGGUCAUGUUCAUGCCUACGAGCGAUCAGAGCGAGUCUCCAACAUUCAGUACAAUAUCACUGACGGAAUGAGUACUCCGGUGAAAGAUCAAAAUGCUCCGGUUUACAUAACCAUUGGAGAUGGAGGCAACAUAGAAGGAAUCGCUAACAUUUUCACCGAUCCCCAACCAAGUUACUCGGCGUUUAGGGAGGCGAGUUUCGGACACGCCCUUUUGGAAAUAAAAAACAGGACCCAUGCACAUUACACUUGGCAUAGAAAUAAAGAAGACGAAGCUGUUAUUGCAGACUCUAUUUGGUUGAAAAAUAGAUACUACUUGCCGGAGGAAGAGACAAUUUAGGGUCGAGCU